AUGGUAUUAGCUCUACCACAUUUGCCUGCACACAGAGGCCAUCUGGAUUGUCCUCAAUAUGAUAUUAAUGAUGGCUUCAGGGCUAUCAUUAAUUAUGUUCAACAGUUUCCUGAUAUUGAGGUGCAUUUGAGAACAUUCGUCAUUGGAUACGUUGAAAGAUACUGGUUGUCUCAAAUUGGACCAAGGAUUUUGAGCAUUUUUGGACGUGAAUACAGGACCAAUAAUUAUUUGGAAUCGUUUCACUCCACUUUGUUGACACAAACGUCAAUACACCCUAAUAUAUGGGAUUUUAUCCAGAAAUUGACACUGAUUGAAAAUCAAUGUUUUGUAGAGCUACACCAAGCACAACAAAAUUAUACGAUUAGAGAUACCACUUCAAGACAGGAAAAGUUUAUAAAAACUCAAAUAAUUCGUCAACAAAUACAGACGUUGAAUGUUGAUGGGGAUAUAUAUACUUAUGUUCCUCAGGAGGGCAGGCCAUCAUAA